AUGGAGCAGGAGCGCCUGAUGCAAGACAUUCCUACUUAUGGGGACCUAACUGCCGUCAAUGCACUACAAGCUGUCACAAUUUACUUCCUCCUUCGAGCAUCCUCAACAGAUGAUGAGGGCACAGACUUUGAUGUUGCGCUCAUUCAGACCAUGACACAACUGUCGCUGAGAGUCAGAGACAUUAUCACAGCAUAUUGUGAUCCUGCCUCUCCAGAGAGACCAGAUCCCUGUGGCUGGAUCAUCGCUGAGUCUCUGCGACGAACCAUUGCCACGCUCUUCAUCGUCGAGCUGCUCUUCGACAUCAGCCCUGGCAUGAUCCAUGGACGAUGCAAUAGCCUGGCUCUGUGGAGCGCAAUGCUUUUGCCAUGCAGCCAGCAACUAUGGGAAGCAGAGACGCAACUUGAAUGGACGCAGCGCUACGACACGUUGGGCGAUGAGCGACCAUACUAUGGCGAGCUGCUUCACCAUGAGACUCUUGAUUGUGCUCGAUCAGGUCUGCUGGAGGGAUGGAUGGCAAACGUUGACGACUUUGGCAAAUUGGUCAUCAACAUUGCCUGUGUAGCAGAGGUAGCCUGCUAG